AUGGAGAGUAUCAUUAAGAAGUUGUCUGGUUGGAAAGCUAAAGCAUUAUCUUUUGCUGGCAGACUUCAAUUUCUCAGGGAUGCUAAUUUGUCUAAAGCUAAAUUUCACUUUAAUGUAUCUGCUAACUCUAAUGUUGCCCUGUUCUGGGAUCAUUGGGUUAAAGAUAGCUGUAUCAAAGAAAUUGAUGUCCUUCAACCGCUGCUUUCGGUUUUUCCUGUUAAUGAGAGGAUUAAUGUCAUUAUGAAUGGGUUUGCUUGGGACCUGCCUGAGCAUUUGCCGCUUGCUGUUCGGAAUUAUCUUUCCGGUAUUCCUAUUUUUUCUGCUGAUCGGGAUACAAUUUACUGGGAUGAUGUUAAAGCUUGUUGGCAUAAGAAAUUCAGGGAUUUUUUCCAUAUUCAUGAUGUUAAUGUUAAUUGGUGGGAAUUUGUUUGGCAUAAGCGUUAUAUUCUUAGAUACUCAUCUUAUAGCUGGAUGGCUUUAUCUGGGGGUUUAAAGACUGCGGACUCUUUACUAGCCAGAAAUAUCUCUGUGGAUCCUAUUUGUGCUCUUUGCCACUCUCAUGCAGAAUCUAUCAACCAUCUUUUCUUUGAAU